AUGGCAUUGCUGUCCGAAAAUAAGUUGAAGUUUGUUGAUGGCUCCAUUAAAGCCCCUCCAUCCACUGCUUCUUUGUUCUCUGUCUGGGAAAGAUGCAAUACUAUGGUACUUUCCUGGCUCACUCAUUCUCUUUCAUUAUCCAUUACUAGUAGCAUCUUAUGGAUAGAUAAAGCUUAUGAUGUAUGGGAUGACCUUCAAGAAUGUUUUUUACAAGGAGAUAUUUUUAGAAUUUCAUAUUUGCAAGAAGAGAUUUAUGGUUUUAAACAGGGGGAUCGAAGUGUUACCAAUUAUUUCACCGAAUUAAAAAUUCUUUGGGAUGAGUUGAAAAACUUAAGGCCACUUCCUGCAUGUACCUGUGCAACACCUUGUUCUUGUGGAGUAUUGACAACUUUCAAGAAGUAUCAGAAUAGUGAUUAUGUCAUUCGGUUUCUUAAAGGACUUACUGAUCAAUUUGCUAUUGUCAGAACUCAAAUCAUGCUCAUGGAUCCACUUCCUCCAAUCAACAAAGUUUUUUCUUUAGUUUUGCAACAAGAAAGACAGCUGAAUUUUGGAGUUGCUAAAGUGUUUGUUAAUAAAGCUGUUAAAGAAAAUUCAGCUGCUAACAAAUCACAGAACAAUCGGAGGUUCAAUCCAGCAAAUUCACAACACAAUGGAGAUAAUCGGUUUUGCACAUUCUGUGGCAAACCGAGACAUACUGUUGAAACUUGCUAUAAAAAGCAUGGUUUCCCACCUGGUUACAAGUCCAAAAGUCACAAUCCCACUACUCAUAAUGUAACUGUGGAAGAAAAUGGCACAGAUCUUCCUAUGCAGUCCGAUGCUACUGUUAAUAGUCAAGAAGAUACAGGUGCAACAGAUCACAUUGCCCACUCUUUGUUUUCCUUUGAUAGCUAUAAGCAAAUCAAACCAAUCUUAGUCACAUUACCGAAUGGUUCUAAAAUCACUGCUCAAUAUUCUGGGGUUGUAAGUCUCACUGAAAAAUUGGUUCUUACAAAUGAUCUGACUUUGUGGAAAACGAUUGGUUCAGCUAAAGUGGAUGAUGGCCUAUAUGUAAUGACAAAAUCUUCUGUUUCUGCAGCCAGCUCUGUCCAUCUGUCUGUCUCUUUAGCAUCAAAUCAUUCAGUACCAUUACCUCAGAAUUCAACCGUUUUUGACUCAGAUCCUUGUCCUCCUAAAUACACUUCCUUAUCUACUUCAUCAUCAUUACCACCUGAUAAUUUUUCCUCUACUGAUUCUCCUAUCCCUUCUCCUGUUAUACCACCUGAUCGUAACUCAAAAAGGUUGAGAAAGCCUCCUUCAUACUUAAAAGAUUAUCAUUGCAAUAUGGUCACUGCACCUGAACUUUCGGUCCCUCAGUCAGGUACUACUUAUCCCUUAUCUUCUGUUCUUUCUUAUUCCAACCUUUCACCAAAUCAACUUCAUUUUACCUUAGCUGUUUCAACUAUAUUUUAA